AUACCUCUUUAUUUCUAACGUUAUAGAGUAAUCCAUUUUUAUUUUUUUAAAUCGUUAAUAUUUGUAUUACAAACGCUUAUUUACUAAAAUAAGGCAAAGUAAGUAAAAUAGAAAAUAAAGGUAAUGCAAGAGAAAUUUAAAUUCUUUCCUUUUUACUGACUCUAAAACCUUUUAUAUUGCCCUCAAUUUUCAAUGAAAGUAAUUCAUUUCUUGUUUCUUCGCAUGAUAUCAUUUUUCAGAUAUUUAAUUCUACCGUUAGCAUUGAACUAAAAUGUAAAUUAUACUCGCUGUCAAUCAGCAAUGACACUUCUGUAAACUUAUGUAAUAACGACACGCAGAGUUAAUUUAUAGUGAGAUAAUUUCGAUUCUUCGAUUUUUGCGGCUAGUUGUUAAUUUGAUCGUUUGUGUUCAAAAAUGAAGGCGCAGAAUGUCUCUGACACCGACUUCGGGACGAAAUUUAAUAAUUUCAUGAAAAAAACGAGUAGAGCAGAAGAAAUCAAAAAGAGAGAAAGUUUGAGUUACGACAAUGCACAAGCUUUAGACGAACAUGACCAAUUUUAUAGGGACCAUAAACUUCUUCUGCUUUUAUUUCAGGUUUUAGGAGUGAUGCCUAUUGAAAGAGGUAGACUCGGUGAAAUUACUUUCAGUUGGACCAGCAUACCGUCAAUUUAUGCCUAUUGUUUUUAUGCUGUUACAACAGUCCUUGUAGUGUUUGUUGGAAGAGAACGCCUGGAUAUUUUGACGAAUCAAAGUAGAAAAUUUGACGAAUACAUUUACGCAAUUUUGUUUGUUGUAUUCUUAAUUCCGCAUUUCUGGAUACCGUACGUUGGUUGGGGUGUAGCAACCGAAGUGUGCGAUUAUAAGAAUAGCUGGACGAGAUUUCAACUGGACUAUUUCAAAAUAACAGGUCGAAAUUUGCAAUUCCCCCAUUUGAAUACACUGAUUGUGGCUAUCAGUUCUGGAUGUUUGGUGUUAGCCGUUGUGUUUCUACUAAGCUUGAGUAUGCUUUUGGAAGGAUUUACUUUAUACCAUACGAGUGCUUAUUUGCAUAUAAUAACAAUGAUUAACAUGAACGGCGCAUUACUUUAUAUCAAUUGCAGGGCUAUUGGAAAUGCAAGUAAAGCUGUUGCAGACAGUUUCGAUCAGGAUAUGGAGGGUGAUGUGACAACAACUCUUGUUGCACUAUAUAAAAAACUCUGGAUGAGUUUAAGUGAACUGCUUCAAAAACUUGGCAGUGCAUAUUCGAGAACGUAUUCAACUUUAUCUCUGUUUUUACUUACUAAUGUUACUAUUGCAGCAUAUGGAUUCACCAGCGAGGUAAUCGACCACGGUUUUACAUUUACAUUUAAGGAAAUGGGUUUGCUGGUUGAUUUUGCGUAUUCCAUGGGUUUACUAUUCACAAUUUGCGAUUGUUCUCAUAAAGCAUCCGAAUACAUUGCCAAACGUGUACAAACGACAUUAUUAAAUAUUCGAUUAUCUAAAGUUGAUGUCACUACUUCAGAAGAGAUCCAAAUAUUUCUUAUGGCUAUACAAAUGAAUCCACCGAAAGUAUCAUUGAAAGGUUACACCGUCCUCAACAGAGAAUUAUUAACUACGUUUCUAGCGACAAUAGCUAUUUAUCUUAUAAUCCUAUUGCAAUUCAAAGUUAGUCUGUUAUCACAACGUGGAGGUUGAUUUGGUAGAAAUAACAAAUGCAACAAUAAUAAAGAGUUGAAAUAGAGCUGUAGCUGCAAAUUUACCUUAGAAUAAUAUUAUUUUCCUAUGAACAGAAAUCAGCAAGACCUUGUUGUUACUAGAUAGUUUAAAACGUGAACCAAAUUAAUCAGCGCUGCUUUUUUCCAGUAUAAAAUAAGCCUUAGAAUUCAAGUCUAUAAUGCCAAACUAAGUAUGUUACAAUAAAUCAUCAAUUAAUUAAAUAAUUAAGAAACCAUCUAGCUCUACCACAAAGGUUUGUACACUCAUAUUUUAAAAGAGUAUGCAUACGUUACCGGAAAUGUAAUUUCUAGGAAUUGUAUACAAUUCCGAG